GUGGAGAACGAUCUGAAGGAGAGAACAGGAGACACUCCCAUGGCUGUGAAUGGCACCGCCCUCCCCACAACUUCCUGGAGUGAUUACUCCACGACUAAUUAUGGAGAAGGUGAAGAUGAUGACCAGCAGAAAGCGCUGCGCAAGAGCAUGCAUGUGCUCUCGAUGGUGAUCUACUCCAUCGCCUUCGUGCUGGGAGUGACGGGCAACGGGCUGGUUAUCUUCAUCACCGGCUUCCGGAUGAAGAGAACCGUCAACACCAUCUGGUUCCUCAACCUGGCCGUGGCUGACUUUAUGUUCACCUUUUUCCUCCCCCUCAGCGUGGCCUACAUUGCCAUGGAUUUCCACUGGCCCUUCGGGUUGGCCCUGUGCAAGAUCAACUCAGCCAUGGCCUUCUUCAACCUCUACACCAGUGUCUACCUUCUCAUGGUCAUCAGCAUAGACCGUUGUAUCUCCGUCAUGCUCCCAGUGUGGGCCCAGAACUACCGCACGCCUCGCCUGGCUUUAUUGGUAGCUUUGGCUGUGUGGGUCUUGGCCUUGGUUUUGUGUUCUCCGAAUCUCUACUUCCGCCACACAGGUCCCUCCCCGAGUAACGAGGACAUCAUCCACUGCUACUAUAAUUUCAACACAACCCCGGACGGGGCUACCUUGGAGGAGAGUGAGAGGAUUACCUAUAUGAACAACCAGGCCAUGACCAUCAGCCACUUUGUCUUCGGCUUCCUCAUCCCCUUUGCCGUCAUCGUGUGCUGCUACGGCGCCAUCUUGGUCCGCCUAAGGCGGGGCCACAUGACUCGGUCUAGUAAGCCCUUCAAGGUCAUCGCCACCAUGAUUGUGGCUUUCUUCCUCUGCUGGUUCCCCUACCAUGUCUUCUCCUUCCUAGAGUUACACUGGACCCAGAGCCUGCACACUGCCAUCAUCAUAGGCCGCCCCUUGACAGCCAGCCUGGCCUUCAUCAACAGCUGCCUCAACCCCAUCCUCUAUGUAUUCAUGGGUCACGAGUUCAAGGAAAAGCUGCGCCGGUCCCUCUUCUCCGCCUUCGAAAGAGCCUUCAACGAGGAUGCCGCCAGCACCAGGACCUACACAAAGAGCAAAUCCACCAUGGAGAUGGAAUCCCUGGCCACCUAGGAGCCGUGCAUCUUCUGAGAACUGGGAACCGCAGCUGGGGUCAGCACGAACCUCUUCCCAUCAUAAAUGGUGCAAAAUGGACCCUAAGGACUCUGCCCUCCCGUGGACAUGAUCCCGACUCAGCUCUUUUGGUGCCAAUAUGCCCUUGCCAGAGAUGGUCUAGGCUCAUGUCGUCCUUCCCCCCUGAAUUUCCUUCAAACACUGUGAACCGAUGCAUCCAUGCAGAUGGAUGGAAGCCAAAGAAGGAUGAAAGAGAUCCUUCACUGAUUUCUCUGUAUUAAAUGCAUUCAGCAACACGACCAUAGACAGGCUUUUCUGCACUCAGGAGUGACGUCGGGGGCACCCCACGGCAUACAUCUGGUCUUCAUUUGAUCUUCCAUUUGGUCUCUGAGAACAAUCACAAACACCUUCUUCCCCUGCUUC